AUUCCUAGGCCUUGUAAGGAAAAUCCAACACUCGGCCGUCUUGAACAGUAUGGAUUCCACAGAGAUGGAAAUCCCUUCGUAUUUCUUGUGCCCGAUAUCAAUGCAGCUCAUGAAAGACCCUGUCACGCUCUGCACUGGUGCCACCUACGACCGACACAGCAUUGAGAAGUGGAUGUUUACGAUGGAAAACAAGAGCUGCCCUCUCACAAAACAACCCCUUCAAAACACUGAGCUCACACCGAACCACACACUGCGCCGCCUCAUCCAACAAUGGUGCGUCCUCAAUCCCUCCGCGGGCGUCCACCGAAUCUCCACGCCUCGGUCGCCGCUCGAUGCAGAUCACCUCAAUAAAAUACUCCAAGACAUGCACUCGUUUCAACUGAAAGCGCUGAAGAAGCUCAGAUCUGUGGCCGGUGAGAGCGAGAGCAACAGGCGGCUCAUCGCUUCCUCUGCCGCACCGGCUGCCCUAAUCUCUGUCAUUGAAAGCUAUGAAAAAGGUUGCUGGUACGAGCUUGUGACAGCCUGCGAGGAAGCCUUGGGAAUUCUUUAUUCUCUUCCGUUGUUGGACGACACGCUGGAUUCGAUUGCCACAAGUAAGUGCCUAGCCUCUAUGGCCGCCAUUCUUAAGAGAGGCAGCUCCAACGCACGGUUUCAUGCCAGCAUGCUCUUACAGACGCUUACAAAGAAAGGCCUGGGGGGGCUCGUUAUGAACGCCAACGGUGACAUAAUCGAAGGGCUGCUGAAGCUGUUGACAGAAGAGGUGUGCCACCAGGCUACCGUGGCCGCCAUGGAAAUUCUUACUGCAAUUGCCUCCGACAGCCAACGCAGCAGAAUUAAAGCCAUCGAGGCAGGGGCAGUCUCUGUCUUGAUCGAAUCACUUCCCGAUCAGACUCCCGAGAAAAAAAGAAGCUGCGAGAGGAUGUUAUGUCUUCUCGACGUGUUGUGUGGAUGUGCAGAAGGAAGGGCUGCCAUGGCCGACCACGCGAUGGGCAUCCCCGCGGUCUCUAAGAAAAUAAUGAGAGUCUCUCAACUGGCAACGGAAAAAGCCGUUCGGAUCCUGUGGUUGCUUUGUAAAUUCUCUCCUUCAAAGCGAAUAAUUGAUGAAAUGUUGCAGAUUGGUGCAGUCAACAAACUGUACUUGCUCCUGCACUGCGCAUGUUCCGCCAAGACCAAGAGAAAGGCAAAAGAUAUGCUCAGAGAGCAUGGAAAGUAUUGGAAAAGUAGAUCUUGUAUUUCCGCCGUAAACUUUCAAGAAUGAAGAAGAUACCGCAAUUUACUGUGGAAACUAUUUGUGUUAUGCAGCUUGGAUGAAGCAGAGAAAUUAAAAUCAGUGUCGUUGAAAUACAGCGUAAUGGGUGUUCUUGGAAAGCAAUUUGUUGAAGCUUUGGACUGGAUUAAAACUUAUUUUUCCCUAACCCUAGUCAAAGGAGACUUUGUAGGGGCCACGUGUUCCAGUAUUUCCUCAUU